UUUUCCACUCCUGAGUAAGUGUGGCCAAACCGCCUACCUGCUCAAGUGUCCACCUUGACCUGCCCCACCCAACCCUGCCUGCCAGAAGUCCCUGGAAAAGGAGCCUUCUCUCCUGGGAGCUGGACCAAGGGGACUCUUUUGGCUCCAGUGGCUGAGGAGCUGGGAGCUCUUGGGCCCACCCCAGCCAUGAUCCUCAUCUGCCUGUGGCUGCUUUGUCUCUCUGUCUCCAAGGUGAAAAUUGUCCCACAGGCUUUCCAGGAAGUCCAACCCGCAAAGCUGCAUGUGGAAGUCCCUGAAAACUAUGGUGGAAAUUUCCCUUUGUACCUGUCCAAGCUACCGCUACCCCAUGAGAAGGCUGAAGGCCAGAUUGUGCUAUUAGGGGACUCAGGCAUGACAGUGGAGGACCCCUUUGCUGUAGAUCCAGAUUCUGGCUUCCUGGUGGCCACCAGAGCCCUGGACAGAGAGGAAAAGGCAGAGUAUCGACUGCAGGUAUCACUGGAGUCUGAAGAUGGACGUGUCUUGUGGGGUCCACAGCCUGUGAUUGUGCAUGUGAAAGAUGAGAAUGACCAGAUUCCCCAAUUCUCUCAGGCCAUCUACAUAGCACAACUGAGCCAGGGCACCAGACCUGGCAUACCCUUCCUUUUCCUUGAGGCUUCAGAUGGGGAUGCACCAGGCACAGCCAACUCGGAUCUUCGAUUUCACAUUCUGAGCCAGUCCCCAGCCCAACCUGUACCAGAAAUGUUCCAGCUAGAGCCUCGGCUGGGAGCUCUGGCCCUCAGCCCUGGAGGAAGCACCAGCCUGGUCCAUGCACUAAAAGGGCCCUACAAGCUACUGGUGCAGGUCAAGGACAUGGGAGACCAGACAUUAGGCAAUCAGGCCACAGCCACUGUAGAGAUCUCCAUAGUAGACAACACCUGGGUGCCCCUAGAACCUGUCCAUCUGGCAGAGAACCUCAAAGUCGUGUACCCACACCGCAUUGCACAGGUGCACUGGAGUGGAAGCAAUGCACACUACCACCUUGAGAGCCAACCCCCGGGACCCUUCGAUGUGGACACAGAUGGGAAACUCUAUGUAACCAUGGAGUUGGACCGAGAGGCUCAGGCUGAGUACCUGCUCCAAGUGCGGGCUCAGAAUCCCCACGGUGACAACUAUGCAGAACCCCUGGAGUUACAGGUGGUGGUGAUGGAUGAGAAUGACAAUGCUCCUGUCUGCCUGCCACGGGACCCAUCAAUCAGCAUCCCUGAGCUCAGUCCUCCAGGCACUGCAGUGACAACAGUCUUGGCAGAGGAUGCAGAUGCCCCUGGCUCUCCCAAUUCCCACAUAGUGUAUCGGUUGCUCAGCCCUGAAACUGAGGAAGGGGCUGAGGGGAGAGCCUUUGAACUAGACCCCAUCACAGGCAGCGUGACACUGGGGACUGUCCCACUCCGAGCUGGCCAGAAUAUCUUGCUUCAGGUGCUGGCCAUUGACCUAGCAGGAGCAGAGGGUGGCCUCAGCAGCACGUGUGAGGUGGCAGUCAUGAUCACAGAUACCAAUGACCAUGCCCCUGAGUUCUCCACUUCCCAGGUGGGACCAAUAAGCCUUCCUGAGAAUGCAAAGCCCGGGACUCUAGUGACCACACUCAUGGCCACUGAUGCCGACCUUGAACCUGCCUUCCGCCUCAUGGACUUUUCCAUUGAGGCUGGAGAUCCCGAAGGGAUCUUCGAUCUGGCCUGGGAGCCCGACUCUGAUCGCGUACAGCUCAGACUCCACAAGAACCUCAGCUAUGAGGCAGCUCCUCAUCACGAGGUGGUAGUAGUGGUGCAGAACGUGGAGGAACUGCUGGGCCCAGGCCCAGGCCCUGGAUCCACAGCCACAGUGACUGUGUUGGUGGAGAGAGUAGUGCCACCCCUCAAGUUGGACCAGGAGAGCUAUGAGGCCAGUGUUGCAGUCAGCACUCCAGCCGGCUCCUUCCUACUGACCAUCCAGCCCUCAAACCCCAUGAGAAGCCUCAGGUUCUCCCUGGUCAAUGACUCAGAGGGUUGGCUCUGCAUCAAGGAGGUCUCGGGGGAGGUGCACACGGCCCAGUCCCUUCAGGGUGCCCGGCCUGGGGACACGUACACAGUGCUUGUGGAGGCCCAGGACACAGAUGAGCCAGGACUGAGCACCUCUGCCACCCUCGUGGUCCACUUCCUGAAGGCCCCUCCUGCCCCAGCACUGGCUCUUGCCCCUGUGCCCACCCGACACCUCUGCACACCCCGUCAGGACUAUGGUGUGGUCAUUAGUGGACCCAGUGAGGACCCUGACCUGACCAGUGGGGAUGGCCUCUACAACUUUGCCCUUGGUCCCAACCCCACGGUGCAGCGGGAUUGGCGCCUCCAACCUAUCAAUGAUUCACAUGCCUACCUCACCCUGGCCUUGCAUUGGGUGGAGCCAGGUGAAUACAUGGUCCCAGUGGUUGUGCAUCACGAUGCCAGGAUGUGGCAACUCCUGGUCCGAGUGAUCGUGUGUCGCUGCAAUGUGGAGGGACAGUGCAUGCGCAAGGUGGGCCGCAUGAAGGGCAUGCCCACGAAGCUGUCGGCAGUGGGCAUCCUUGUAGGCACCUUGGCAGCGAUAGGCUUCUUCCUCAUCCUCAUCUUCACUCAUCUGGCCAUGGCAAGGAAGAAGGACCUGGACCAGCCAGCUGACAGCAUGCCCCUGAAGACAGCUGUGUGAGCGAUCCAGGCAGCCCCAGCUGGGAGAUUGGCUUCUGUCCAGUUCCAUCCAAACUCACUGAGAAGGGGUCCAGUACCCAAGAUCUACUGAAGACCAAGGCAGAGUAAAAGCCUUCACCUUCUUAAGGUGGAGACACUAUUUCCAGACAUGUCCCCAGAGUUGGAACAUUGACUUCGUAAGAUACCAAUGAGAGUACUUUAAAUGGCAGCUCCUGGUCCAAUAAUAAAGCCUCAAAGAGCCAGGCUGGGCCCUGAA